AUGACCGCAUUUACAAGAAACGAGAGAGAUGUCCAGUUUUCGGCCAGCGGUGUUGGAGCUGCGAGGGGAAAUUUCUCCCCUCGGCGUCCGCGCAGGAGCGUGCGUCGUAGUCUUUUCGGACCUGUCGAUCACGACGAGCUUCAACGGGACAUCGAAGAGAAGCUGCGCGAGGUCUCCGAAAAUGAUCAUCACCGGUGGAAUUUUAACUUCGCCUCCGGGACGCCGCUGCUCGGCGACUACGAGUGGGAGGGAGCGGCGGUGGAGGCGACGCCGGUGUUUUAUCAGGUGGCGGUCCGAGUAAGGAAACAGAGGGCUAAUUCUCAGCAGGUUAAGCCGCACACACAGUCUCCGAACCGGGAGAACUGCGCUCGGAGCGACGCUGCAAAACCCAGAGCAGUUUCUUGCGAGGGCACGCGCACAGGAGGAAAGCCAGGCUGCCCGAGGAUGAAGCAAGCACGCGCACAGUUUACUACAUCUCCAUGCUGUGUUACAGGAUUUCCUGUCAAGCGAAGGAAGAAACUCGGACCUAAGAGCGUGUCUGAAAAACCCCUCAGCUCUCUCUCCUCCGAGCAAACGCCACGGACACGACUCCGGUGAAGAUCUCAAACAGGUUAACUGGUGAAGAGUAGACAUCCAGUACCCAGUCUCAGCCAAAGCCUGGAAAACCCUGCGCCGCCUGAGCCACGGCUGGUCCUGCUCACUGCACCCUCUACACCAGCAUAGCAGAGGCCCUUUGCCCCGAGGAUAUGCUGCUGUCCUACCAACAGGGUUGGAGACCUGUGCGCUGCUUCCAACACUGGCUGUGAAAACAUCCUACUUGCUCUGCCUCCUGGGUUCAAUAAAAUUAACUCAGUCGUACGGGUUUAAGGACUGUUUGCUUUGCCCGGGUUUAAAGACACUGUUUAUUGUUGUGCAUUGUGUUUUGUAUGAUUGGCAGAAUUAUCCUGAUUCUUGGUUCCUGUGUUUGUUUCUGUUUUACUAAAUUUGAGUAAAGUCGUAACAUCUGCAAUUAUUAUUAUUCCAAUUGUUUGUUGUAUAGAUAAAACUCACACUGUUGUUAAGGUUUGAGUGUUUUCUCCGCCUGUGUUUUUGGCGUUGUUUGUAAUUUUGUACAUUUUGGUCUCGAAUCAGUGACUAGAUUUAUUUAGUUCUUAGUUCUUGGUUACUUAAAUUUAGUUAAUAAAAAUAAAGUCUUAACAUCUGCAA